AUGACUAUAUAUGCCAGGAACAAUGUCGGUGUCCUCCAGUUUCUUCAAGACCAAACCAUACGACACGAAGUACUGGCCUGUCUUUUCCGUUUCACAGAGAUGCCGAGCAAAAUCCGAAAUCUUAUCCUCUUUCUAUUUUCUUCUGUGGCUAUCGCGGAAGGCAACCCGAAGUUUGACGAUGGAGGGUUUAUACCGAGUUCCAUGAUUUACAUGGAAAAGAACGCGAAGUCCCAAGACCAGCUAGCUAUGCCUUCUCAAGCAGAACUGCGCAGUGAGACAUCCACGAGACGGGGUGAUUUGGACAACAACGAUAUCACGGAUCGCAACCAAGAACCACGGUUUAGUUUCACGAAUCUUGGUAGCACAGGAAGCGGCUAUGGGGUGUCGACGUAUGCUCCAGCGAAGAUAGACCUAGGUGGCCUGUUCCUGGGCGCCAUUAUAGGGAUAGGGUCCAUUCUCAUCAUUCCCAAGUUGCUCUACGUCCUUUCUGGAACUUACGGACAUUACGCAAGAAGUGAAGAGAGCGGUUUCACCCAGAUCAUGACAAAAAUGGACGACGUGCUGGCACGUCACGGCAUCGACACGACAUCCUGUAUGCAGCGAGCAGUGUGCACCUAUUCGCAGCAAGCCUCGUCGUCCGUAAAAGAGGCUAAUAAGUUGGACGACGAUGAGAAGCUCUCGUCGUUUGAUCGAGUGAUCGAUACGAUCACGACGAAUCAAAUAUUCCGUACUGCCAUGCAAGGCACCGCGAUACAGGAGGCCGUGGAAGCAGGAAGGGCCGGUCGAACUUGUUCCCGGAUUUAUCCACAGUGUGGAUUUUCCAUGGAAACUAUGCUGUCCCUGUUAUCCAACGUAAUCUCUGCAGUCGCUGCGGUUAACACAGGGACCACAGCGACCACGGGAACUGGGACUUUGUAAUUGUUAGGGUUCGAAGUUUCUGAUAACGCAGCAGAAUAGUCCGACUCGGUUUCCCGACAAUGAAACCCGAUGGUUUCCCGGAAACGUACACUUUUUAGAUAAAGUAAAAGGAAUGAGAACGUAGCAUACAUUAUCGCCAUAUGACAAAACGAGUUAUAAACGUGCUUGUACUCGUAUGGUUCGCUUAAUCGAAUGUGAUCGGUUUUCCGGGGAGUAAUGUAAAAUUUAGUCGUAAGUUAAGUACUUGCA